CCACAGAGGGAGACAGAGAGAGGCAAGGGCAAAGAUCCUAGAGGCAAGAGGUUCCUCUCCCCGCCCAACACUGGCAAAAGUGAAACCUAAACCCAAGGCGGCGGCUGGCGGCGAGAGGGGUGCGGGGAGCGGCAGCUCGGGGCAGGCUGGACAGCGAGGACCAUGGGGUGGCUGGGGAACCCACUGCGGCCACUCCUGCUCCUGUUGGUGAUGUUGACGCCACAUUCAGGACAGUUGACGUUGAAAGCAAGCAAAAGUCCAGCGGAACUCAUCCUGUACGAAAAUGGACUUCUCGAGUGUGAGAUUGCUAAUCUCAGUGCGAUUACUUUGAACCCAAAUAAUUUAGGUGUUUUAUGGGUUUUUACCGGUGGAACUGAAGAAUUAAAUAUCUUUAUGUAUUCUAACGGACAGAUAACAAAUCUGUGGGAGGAAGCAGAGCUGUCUAAAAACUCAAUUUUAGAUGGAAACAUGUCACUUUUCCUGAGACAUGUUACGUUAAAACAUUUGGGGGAAUAUCGCUGUGAAGUUUUUAUUCCACCAAAUGACAAAGCUUCUCUGACGGUAAAGCUUGAAGUUUUAGCACGACCCACAGUAACUAUUGUUUCUGAGAAGCUUGUGGAGGUUGGCACUGGAGGAGAGAUGAUUUUAGGUUGUCAGUUAAAUGGAUAUUAUCCUUGCGAAUGCAAAACGGAUUGGUUUCAGUCAAACCCGUCACAAAAGAAAACAAAGAUGUUAACUGAUAUCUGCAUCGCCCCUCCAAUCAAAAAUCCUGAUGGGACAUGCAACGUGACUACUGAAGUUCGACUGGAACCUCGUGUAGAAGAUAUUGGCAGCAGUUUUGAAUGCCGGGUGACACACAAGGCAUUUCCAGAGUCAUACACUGCGAAAGCUGCAGUGACUUUGAAAGAAGCAGAAAUUCAUCUGUCCAAAAGCUCAAUAGUUGGAAGCAUCAUUGGAAGUGUAAUUUUUUCUGUAAUGCUGUUAGCAGCUGGAAUUUACCUGUACAUGCGGUACAUUUAUAAAGUUCCACCCAAUGUAUGCGAUCUUCAGAUGCCUGCUCGAUUUAUCCAUCAACAAACUGCAGAGAUUACAUGCCACGUGUCUGGAUUUCGACCUGAUGUCAUUUCUGUUGGCUGGUAUUUGAGGAGAAUGAAUGAUGCUGAAGAGUCCUUCAUUGGUGAAAGCAAAAGGAACCAGGAGAUUAUAAGGUUUAGCAAAGCAAAGGAGAUAACAGAAAUAGGAAAGGAGAAUGCAACUGACGUUAAUUGGAAAGUCAGACAAAGUAAUUUUGUCGUACAUGAUGAUGGAACACAGAGCUUGUCCAGCACUCUUGAGAUUUAUCCUGACUUAAUGGAGGACAAUAAAGCAGAAAUCAUAUGUAGAGUGUCGUAUCCAACUGGAACUCAGGAGAAACGCACCUGUUUACAAGUUGAUGCAAUUGCUCCUAAGUUGGGGAACAUAAUCGCACCUCCUGUUGUGCGUCACAACACUUCAGUGAUGCUGACUUGUCCAAUAAGCUUUUUCACGCCACGUCAGUUAACAAUCAGUUGGUAUGAAAGAAUAAAUGGGGUAAAAUCUCUUUUGCUGGACCACACUGAGGAAAAUGAGGCAAAAAACACGGUGGGCCGGUAUUCCCAUUGUCUGCGUGAGUUUACCUAUCCAGACCACACUUACAGCGUCUACAGCAUGCUCACUUUCAUUGCAUCAAUUCAAGAAAAUGAUGGAAAAGAAUAUUUAUGUGAAGUGAAUCACGUUAGCUUGAAACACCAAGCCGAGAAAUGGGUUAAGCUGGAAGUGAAAGCAUUUCCUACACUUGAUACCAUCCGGAGCGAACCAGUGAAUCCAGAAAUUGACAAAGAAAUGACUCUCUCCUGCAAAGUGCACUCGUUUUAUCCUAAAGAGAUUUCUGUCUUAUGGUUCAAAGAUAAGAAAGCCAUAAAAGGGAAUGACACAUCUGAAUUGAUCGAGAAUCCGGAGAAGUUGUAUGAAAUCACCACGACUUGCACCACAAUUCCAACGUUAUCAGACAAAAAGAGUAAAUAUCAUUGCUUGGUCACACAUGAGAGCCUUCCCAAGCCAAAGUUUGCGGAAUAUGUUCCCGAGAAUUUAGUAUCUUCUCCCAAAGUAAAAAAGAUUACUUGUGAUCCUCCGAAUCCUGAAGUCGGGAAGACAUUGACUUUGUCCUGUGAAAUAAUGGACUUUUAUCCAGCGAGUAUUCAAAUUGACUGGUUUAGGGAUGAAGUGAGAAUAAAUGAAGAUUCAAAAUAUGGAAUCGCUAACGAAGAAUUGAUGAAUGAACGCAGUCUCUGCAGCAAAGUCACCAAAUUAACCUUGAGUCCAAGCACUGAUGAUCAUCAACAUCAAUACAUGGUUGAAGUUUAUCAUUCAAAAUCUUCCACCAAACCUCAGAAGCAAUGCUUCCGGUUACUUCUUAAAGGCUCACCAACAAUUUCAGACUUCAAAAUGGUGCCAGAGAUCCCAUGGUUUGGUGAAUAUUUAUCCAUAUCUUGUUCCGUACAUGGCCUCUUAAGAAAGGAUUUCAUUUUUGAAUGGUAUAGAGGAUCUGAGCCUGUGAAAUGUGGAGUAACUGAUUCAGGUUUUGUGAGUACCGGUGACAACAAUUACAAAGUAGAGAGUUGCCUUAUAUUUCUAGUAACCGCGGAAGACUUUGAAAGAGAGUUAAUCUUUCUGUGUAAAGAUCGUUAUAAUAAUGAAGCAUUCAAAAGGCGUAUUCAACUGCCCCUAAAAGCUGUGGCUCCUAAAGUAUCAAGUUUUACCAACUGUGACAAUGAUCGACUCAAAAUAGGUGGAAAAUAUACCCUUGGUUGCAGGAUUGAACAUUUUUGCCCAAAGGAUAUAGAAGUUGUUUGGUACAAGACAUCAAACGAUUGCACGGAUUAUCAAAUUAUGGGAAAGCCCGAAAUAGACAAAAAUGGACUGUACUCGACAAUCACAAAGCUGCCAAUUCUCAUGGAAAAAAAUUCGGUAAAUUAUGUUUGUGAAGUUCGACAUGAAAAGACCAAUGAAAUUUUUGAGAAGUCAUUCAAACUGCGGGUUUAAAUUUACCUUAUAUCUUUAAUCACA